AUGUUCCACAAUCGUGCUGACGUCGAAAACAUUCAAAGUAGUCUCGCUGCAGUUAGGAUUGUUUGGCAUUUGAUACCGCCCAGAGCUCCCAACUUUGGCGGACUUUGGGAGGCUGCGAUUAAGGUCGCCAAGAAACACCUUCUACGACAAGUGGGCAGCUCUUCGCUCUAUUACGAAGACCUGGUAACGACGCUGGCUCAGAUAGAGGCUUUGACACCAGGCCAUUUCCUGAUAGGAGCUCCAAUGAUGACUCUGCCUGAUCCUGACUACAAGGAGGUUCCUAUAAAUCGACUUGGGAGGUACGAACUGAUCCAACAAAGGACUCAACACUUCUGGAAUUGUUGGACCAACGAAUAUCUGGUGGAAUUGCAUCGCUACACGACUACGGACCCGAAAAAGGUUACGCUGAAGGUUGAUCAAAUAGUUAUUCUUCGUGACCAAUUGCUGCCGCCUGUGCGAUGGCCGUUGGCCCGCAUUGAAACACUUCAUCCUGGAGAAGACGGAAUCACGCGAGUUGUGACGAUUCGCACUGCAGCUGGAAACUUCAAGCGUUCGGUAGCCAUGAUAUGUCCGCUACCAUUCGAAGAAGAGUAUUCAUCGAGCGACGAUGCAACCAGCUUCAAGGAUAAAAUUGAUGAAUGA